GGCUGUGGUAAGAGGAACAGGAAGAGAGGAGACGAGAGAGAAGGUAGCGCGGCAGACAGAAAGGGUGAGAGCUUGUCACUUCGACAUGCGAAACUCUUCUAAGCAAGUUUAUUUUCUUGUUUAAAGUUAUUAACGAGGCAGAAUCAAGCCAAACAUGCUGUGGUCCGUCUCUGGGGACUUCAGGAGAUGAUGCUUUGAAGAGAAAAGUUUAAAAUACAAAGGGUUGACAGUGAGAUUAAUAGACUGCACAAACAUCCAAAGUUGAAAUGGCUGAAGAGGGGCUGCUGGAACGUCUUGUCAUCACCGAAGAGGAAGACAUGACUGAAAGUGUUGUUGACAAAGGGGCAGCGAGUAGUUCUGCUGUCAUCCUUCAGAGCCGCAGCGGAGAGUCGAUUCUGAAAGAGGAAGAGGAACACAACGAAGCUGGCAAUAACGAAAAAAAGACAGCAAGUAAAAUGUGUUUGGAACAGCAGAUCCCCGAAAAACAACAAACCAACAGAGAGGAAGACCAGACUGGAGGGGUUGUUGUGACUAAAGAGGGAAAACCAAAUAACAUGAAUGAUGGACAAAACAGGGGUGAGAUUGAGAGUGAAGGGCAGACACAUGUGGUGAUGAGGAGUUAUAAAAUACCGGAGAAACCAAGUGACAAAGAGCAUGAAAAGGUCACACAGAAUGACCCUCAAGUGGACGUAAACAGGUUAAAUUCUUCUGUAAAACAACGUGAAGGGACACAAAACCAAGAGGAGGAUCCAACAAAGGCUCACAGGUUAACCCCCGACUUCCCAGAGGCACUGUACGAGCUGCUCUUUACCCUUCAGGAGGGGAGACGCCUCAAUGACCAGCGCUGCUCCUUCAGGCUGGAGACUGGGAUGAGGAGGAGGUGCCACUCUGAGCCCAACGCCAACAGGCCAGCACACAGAGUUGUGUUUUCCUCCAUGACUUCACUUCAGAAAGAGGAGUUUUUUGAUCUGGUGGCCACCGCUCAAGCUCGCCGGCUCGAUGACCAGAGGGCCCAGCUCGAAAAGUCUCAGCCACCAAAAUCAAAAGGCAGAAGUUUCAGGGGCAGCAUUAGGCAACUCUCUUUUGCAAGAAGGCCAGCGCCUGCACCAGUGCCUGUGCCCGUGCCCAAAGAGGAUCUCUAUAAUAUGAUUCUCUCGACACAAGCCCAGGGCAGGCUGGAGGAUCAGCGCAGCAGAGCUCCCGGUCCAAUGGAUGAUGAGGAUUUUUUCUCCCUGCUGCUGAGGGUCCAGGGGGGACGCAUGGACGAGCAGAGGACUGAACUACCUGGCCUGCUACAAACCUGAGACCGAAAAAACUGUAGGGCUGUAGUGCAGCCGCACAGUGUUGUCGCUUUUUUUGUCUGAUUUCUGUUAAAACAAGUAUUUUUUGUCGACCCCGAUGAUGCUUUGUAUGCCCCUUGAAAUUGUUGUUCAGUGUUAAAGCUGUUGAGAAAGUAGCAAGGAACGCUAAUGUUUGAGCAACAGAGCUUUUAACGUAACUUGAGGGAUGUUAUGAUAAGAUUGUUAAGUUUACUGCUUGUUAGCUAUUGCUUUCUUUCCUGGUAAAAAGGACCAGAAGAGAUUCCUUCUUAUCUUGCCAACAUUUUUAUUUUAUUGAGUGUCUGCGAUGAGUGGUUGGAGGACUUUGUGUGUGUUGCUGUUCUUAAUGUGGAGGAGGCACUCGACUGAUCUCAAUUGUUUUUCCCUAUUUGUACAGUUGGCAUUAAACACACCAUGGACAGUGUUGAGGAGAUAGCUUCAAGGCUAAACUGUGCUUGACUGUAUAUGGAUGAUUGUGCUCCAGGAAAUAAACAGAAUGUCUAGCAGAGUCA